GGCGCCGAUACCUGGCAGUCCUUUGACGCGGCCGCUCCCCACGGCAGACACCUCACACUAAACGGGGCCAGAGAGGCUUGGCUCCAGUGCGGAGUAGAGAAGACGAACGGCUGCCUCAGUGACACACAGGGUAGAGACAAACAGAAACCUCUACCCUCUUCUGUCUCUCGGUAUCGCAUAGCCUGAGCGAGGCUCCUGAAAGCUGGAGCCCGGCCACACCGCCUGCACAAGGAGUGGCCGAGGGAGGAGUGACGGCAGGUGAGGGCUAACCAGUUUGUUCGUGCUCAAAGUGAGUUGUCACUCUGGCUCCCUUGCUCCACCGAGGGGGUGGCGGUGAGGUGUUCACGGCUAGGGUUCCGAGGGUCCAGGCCGGUUUGGGAGAACACCCGCUUCCUGCCCCCGCCUCUUCCGUUCCACAGAAGCCUGGCAAUGCUGGUGCCGGGGAACUGGGGACAGGGAGCGAGCCUGCCCGGUCUGGCCUCGGAGCUGCCUCUACCCUGAGCCAGGGGCAGGGGAGGCCGGACGCACCGCCACUCGGCUGCCAGGGUGGGGACGUUUGCCUCAUCCCAUCCACCCCGCCAAACCUGUCUUCCCGCCACCCCCGGGAGCAUGGCCCUGCCGCGGCCGCACGCACAGGGCGUGCUCAGGGCAUGCCGCUCCUGUCACUGGGUGUCACUGGGUGGCCGGAGACAGGAAGCAGAACUGGUCGGGCCCUGCUUGUGCUGCUCUCUGUCCCCUAAUUAGACGUUUCCGGCAAGGCGGCGGCUGUGGCUACUCAUCGCCCGCCCACAGCCGUGGAGAAUGGCGAGGCCGCACCAGCCUGGCCCUCUCCCUACUCCUUCAGGGGUUCGCGGGUUCCCCUCGUGUUGGCCCAGCUCGCCUCCACUGGAUGAUGCCCAGGGCCGGGCCGGGAGCAGCUUGCCACCCGAGGCCCUUCUCCUCCUUCCCCCGGCAAGCCCCGCCUCCCUCAGACUGAGAGCUGCUGGCCAAAUACUGGACAGAGGGCCAGGUCCUACCCCUACCCAGCAAGGCCUCAGGUCGGGGCCGGGCACGGGGCCCGGUGCCGGCUCCCCAGGGAGAGCAGGUAAAGCAGAUGUGAGGACCCAGCCUCUGACCACACGGGGGCCGGUGCUCGUGCUGACCCGGGGUGUGGUUAAGUCAGCUCUGAACGGGCAGGGACAGUGUAUCAGCACGGCCCAGGUUGGUGUUAUCAGGGAAGACAGGAGUCCCCCGUGCCCCUCUCCCCCGGCCCCAGCAGGUCAGCUCUCGAUGCCCGAAAGGCAGCUAGUGCCAGCCAGGUGGCAGAGGCGGGCGGCCCUGGAAACGCAACGGGCCGGUUGCUCAGGCCACUGUGCCCACUCUGAAUGCCAAGUUUUUCUCUCGGGCGGUAUCUUUUCCCCCUUUCCCAACUGCCUGUCGUGCCGUGGCCACAGCGACGCUAACACGGAGCACCCGAGCCCUCACACCAGGGCGGAUGGCCCCGACCGGCCGCGAACUGUGCUCCCCUGCGCGUCCUUGCCGCCCUUCUGGCCACCACAGGGCCGCGCGCCCCUGUGGGACACCACCCUUGUCAGAAGCAACCAUCGGCAGCGGCCACCCUCCGCUCUAGUCCUCCCUGCGCCCGGAGGCCUUGCCCUCACCUGCUUUCUUUCUGGGACAAAUGGUCUGGCGGGAGUCUGCCUCGGGUCACCCCGGCCUGGAGCGGUUUGGCAGCUUUGGGAGACGGCGCCCCAUGGGACAGCCAGGAGCCCCAUCUAGGCCACCGCCCGGGCCCAAGUUGCUCUUCUGUCUCCAUCCACGUCUGGCUUUCUAUGCUCUCUGCCUCGCUCCCUGGAGAGUGUGGCAGACAUGUCCUUCGCUGCCAGCACUUCCCAGGAAUGACAAGAAUGAUCCUCAUUGGAGGCCUAAUUUCCCCCCACCCACACACAUAUACUCUGGGGCCCGAAGAUGACCAAGAGGCCUGUCCACCGCGGCCGGCCAAAAAGCGGCUCCCUGGGACAGGCAUGUGCUGGCGAACUGGCAAGAUAGACAAGAGAGGCCCCAAUGCGGAGAAGGGGGUGCCUGGAAGAGGCCCUGGGACACCCACAUCUGGGAGCACCUCAUUACAGCUGCUAGGCUGUUUCCGGGCUCAUCUCUCUACCCUCAAGUACCUUCCUGGCUUUUCGUUGGUCCUCAGCAGGGGCUUGGCGUGCGGGGUUUCCCCAGCAUCCCCUUCAGUGCAAGACAUGGAAUUCGGGCCCUGGGUACAGGUGCUUGGGCUUCUCCUCAAGAAACCAGCAUUAGUCCCAGCACAUUAAUACUGACACUACAAAGGAGAAACGCUGGGGCCGGGGGAAGUGAAGGGCUCAAGGCCAAGCUCUUGGGCCCAAAUAGGUAGCUGUUAAUCUCCCUUCCACUAUGACCGUUUAGCCCCAUGUGCCCACUUCUGGGCUUUUUCCUCAGCUUUGGAAGGAGAGUGAGGCCAGGGAAAGGUUCUGCCCUGGGGGUGGGAACUUCUAGAAUUGUGUCUCAGGGAGAGAGGCUGGAGUGCUGGUCAGACUGGAGCCUUGGGCCUUCAGUCGGUAAAAGUGCCUCCUUCCAGGCGCUCUCUGAUGUUUUAAGGGUCUCAGAGGGCCCUGGCAGGAAGGUCAGACCUCAAGUAUUUCACUAUUCCCCAGCGUCAGCCCCCCCUCCCCCAGUGCCUCUCACAGUGGGAAUGGGGUCAAUGCUUAGCUGGUCACAACGUGCUGAGUCUGUGAGGUGGGGUGAAGGAAACGUGCCCAGCCGGCUCCUGGGGUCAUGGUCGGCUAGUGAUGGAAUGGCUCAGCCAGAGGACAGGCCACCACAAAACACACUCCCCACUCUCCAGCCAGCUGAGGCACCCAAGCGUGGCCCGAGAACAUUCCCUCUCUCAUUUCCAAAACCUGUGGGAAAACUCUCCAGUGGGCCACAUGGCCUUUAGAGGCUAAAUUAAGUGCUUUGCCUUCUACCCUUGGCCUCACCCCACAGGACUCUCCCUCCCCAAGACAAUGAGAGCAGAUUGUCACCUGUGCCCUCCAGGUUUCGACCCCCUACCCAACAUCUGGGCCAAUCCCCUCGAUCCUGUGUGAGAGGCCUGCACAUCUCCCCUCACCUGGACAGCAGCAGCGGGGGAGGGGGGGGCGGAGGGGGGCACAGACCACCCAGAAGCCUUCCUCAUCACCCGCUGGGACAGCCCCUGGGGAGAAGCCUCCCCCACCACUCCCACUAUGGCCACCAGGACCGUGGUGGGGAAAGGUGGGGAAAAUCACCAGGAUGCAAGGAAGUCAAUGAUUUGAACGAACGGAAUUUCUUUGUCCUUUGUAAAAGUCAACACAUGAUCUGUUACUGAUUGGGAUGUGAAAUAAAACUAAAAAUAACAGCA